CGAGUUUUUUUUAGGUGAUAAAACAUCGCUUACUUAUAAUUGUCGAUAAAACAGGAUGUAAUUCCCAGCUACAUGAAGACACUAUUUGGUGUAUGUCGAAGUAUGAGAUCACAAGAAGCUAAUUACUCUGUAUAAUUUAUAUCAAGUAUAAACAUUAAUGUUAUUCUCAUUUUACUGAAAAGCUAUUAAGGGUGGCCUGCCUAAGAUAUUUACAUGAUAAUUACACCUUACCUUAAUUGUUAAGGAUAUGGACCCACCCCCACCUGUGACGUGUUGAUCAAUCAACCAAUUAGAAGACAACCUAAAGAUGAUGGUAGCCAGCUUCUGAUGAUCUUUGUGAUCUGAACCGUUGGAUGCUUAACACGUGUCAAAAUGUAUGUAUUUAACGAUGUUCCGCGUUUUUAAACGUGACUACGUGACAACAUCUUAUUUUCGCAUCACCUUCUCAAUGUUUUAGGUUCAUUCAUACCUACAUUUCAAUAUUUGCUUUGUGAUCUGUAUUUUCCACCAGCUGACCAGCUUCACCUUUUUAAAUUGAUUAGUUAUUCUGUUUGAUUGAAUAAUUUCCAACUUAAAUUAAUUAUGUCUACUAAAUUUUUGUCCUUUUUGUCUUAGAUUUAUAAUUUGUAGUAAGCUAUUUUGAUAAAGUUCUAAUGUCUUAAGCAAAGUGUAAAAUGAAGAAAGGUAAUGGUCUAAUGGAUGCUACUUUUAGUGAACUUACUACUUAGGGAAGGUAGGGGGUGGGGGGAUUGGGUGAAUUCCCGAUUAGGACGGGUAUGGUUAGGAGUUUCCAAUUUUGAUAGUAGUAAAGUCGGUAUGAACGUGAAAUGUGUACAUAGUAUGUAUUGAUCGAGAAUUCAAGAUUUUACCUAUAAAUAUACAAUGAUUAGUUUUUAUUUCUUGAAAAAACUUGUUUGAUUUAGGUUUUUUAUUUUUUUUAAUUUUUUUUUCCUUAAGCAUUUAAGAAUUACAUUAUUAUGCAUAAAGUGAAAUCUAGUGUCAAACAACUUAAUCAAAAGUUUAAACUAAUUAGGUGCUGGUGGUAGAUCGUGAGAUGCGUGGAUUGGGUAUUAGAGGUAAGUAGUGGGGCAAGGUGAAUAUAAGUGGAUAAUAGAUUAAUAGGUAUUCUAAUGGGGGAUUGGGUAUGGUUUUUGGUUGUAUGCUAGUCGGAUCAAGUAUAGUGGUUAGAGUUUAUACCUUCUAACGAUGGGGAUAGGUUUGGGGAUGAAUACAUAAAUCUUCCAAACUUUCUCUAUUUUCUACAAGUAUCUGUUUCUUCGGUACAAAGUAAUCAAACCACAAUACUACCUGUACUGUAGUGCACUUAUAUUUUAUAAGUAUCUCUUAUAAUAAUGUGACUGAUUAAUCUUUGAUCACCUUUUGCUGUCCGUAACCCUGUUUUUUAAACAGUUCAUGUGUUUGAACUUUCGAACCGCCCACAAUCCUGUCUAAAAAAAGCCGUUAGAAGAAAGCUAGUGAAGAAAGAACAGAGAUAAAAGGUAAAGUUUCUACAUUACACAUUGUAGCAAAAAGGGAAAGAAAUUAGAUCACAGUUUCUUUAUUUUUAUAACUUAAAAGCAGUCCAAUUUAUAGUUUAUUUUAUACUAUAGUUUAGUUGGUACAUACUCGUAUUUGUUAUGAAACUGAGAUUUCUACGAGGCAAAGAAAGGAAUCUAGUUUGUUGGAGAGAAGUUUCCUACAAAGUCUCUCCCAUGUCAUUUUAGCUAUAAAAAUUCACCUGCCUCCCUCUCAUUAUACAUAUGAUUUGAUCAUCUUACAAACAUAUACAACAUAAUACAUCAUAUUUCUUGGAGAAAACGUUUCAGUUACAAUACAAGAUUAAUACUUUUUGUGUGCAUUCAUUUUGCAAAUCCUUUGUUGCAAAAAGACUUCUCUAAGGCGAUAGUUUGAGGGGGUUGAUAAAACGAUAAAACUCUGGUUAGAAGGGUUUCUGGGAUUGUAUUUACAUUAGCUCGUAAAAGAAAAUUUAGAAGUAUGGGAGUUGGAGGUACAUUGGAGUAUUUUUCAGAAAUGAUGGGUGGUGGUCAUAUGCACAAGAAGAAGAGGAAGCAGUUUCAAACUGUGGAGCUCAAAGUUAGAAUGGACUGUGAUGGAUGUGAGCUUAAAGUCAAGAAAGCUUUGUCUUCACUAUCUGGAGUGAAGUCAGUGGAGAUCAACAGGAAGCAGCAGAAGGUGACAGUUACAGGGUAUGUGGAGGCAAAUAAGGUAUUGAAGAAGGCAAAAUCAACAGGGAAGAAGGCAGAAAUAUGGCCAUAUGUGCCUUACAAUCUAGUGUCUCAGCCUUAUGCCUCGGUUGCUUAUGAUAAGAAAGCUCCUCCUGGCCAUGUCAGAAAGGUGGAAUUCGUCGAAAACCCAAAAAAUGCUACAGUCUCGCUAUAUGAUCAGGACCCUCUUAUGACCAUGUUCAGCGAUGAUAACCCAAAUGCUUGCUCUAUCAUGUAGAUCAAUUCUGUAAUUUUUCCAAUUUUGAUAGUUUGAUCUUCGUUUGUUACACUUUGGAUAUGCUGUGUAAAAUUUCCCGUACUAACUUCUGAUAACUAAUAUACUUCGUACACCAGUUUUCGUGAUAA